UAAUCAAACAAACGCGUUCAGUUUUUUAUACCCUGCACGUAUGGAAUAUUUCAUGCAAUCAAAACAAUACUUUUAUGCAGUUUUACGCGCAUCUUUGAUACUAAAUAAAUAAGUGGUCUUGAAAUUUUAUCACAAUAUUAAGCGUCAGUAUAAUUUGGCACUAAUUCUGAAAUGUUGCACCAGAAAUAGAAUAGAUUUAACGCAUUUUAUUUUGCAAUAUACAUAGAUCGUGUUGUAAUGUGAAUAACAAAACUCAAUCCAAUGAAUAAGUUAUGAACUGGGGACUACUGAUCAUAUAUUUGACCAAUUAACAGUUUUAUUUCUUUCUGAAUUACAAUAUGAUCCUACGAAAGCAUUUCUCUCAACAAUUAAUCUCGAAAUUUUCUGAUAAAGUUUUGCCUAGAGUGCUUGUCAGAUUAAAUUCAUCUCAAAAACUUGAGGAAGCAUAUAAAGCAGUAAGAGCAAAAUGUGAAUCUAAGAAGCUGCCCAAAGAUGUUAAUUCGAGUGCUGUUUUUGCCUGCAAUGAACUUGAUUUAAAGGAAGUGAAAGUGUAUGGAUUUGACUACGACUACACUUUAGCCUGCUAUAAACCUUCACUUGACUAUCUUCUAUAUAACUUAGGAAGGCAAACUUUGAUAGAACACUAUAAAUAUCCCAAAGAAAUUGCAAAUCUUGAAUACAAACCAGGUUUUGCAGUUAGGGGCCUUCACUAUGAUAUUCAAAAGGGAGUCCUAAUAAAAUUGGAUUCUUUCCUACAGAUCCAAUUUGGAGCUGUAUAUAGAGGACUUAAGCCAUUAUCUAACGAAGAAGUCCUUCAGCUAUACAAAAAUCGAAUAUUACCAAUUGCUUAUGUGGAAGGAAAUCGUAAUUCUUCGGAUGGCCAAUCUCAAAUGAUCCAAUUAGCUGAUCUUUUUUCUGUGCCAGAAAUGUGUCUCAUUUGUGAUGUUACAGACUAUUUUGAAAGAAAUCAUAUAGAUUAUCACCCUGAAAUUUUAUUCAGAGAUGUGAAGGCUUCUAUCAGAUUUUCUCAUCCUGUGAUGCAUUCUAUUGUCUCUCAAAAUGUGUCUGAAUACAUUGAAGCUCAUGAUUUGAAACCUCUUUUUGCCAGACUGAAAGAAGCUGAUAAAAAGCUAUUUUUAGUGACUAACAGCCCUUACAAAUUUGUAAAUAAAGGAAUGGAGCACUUAGUAGGUUAUAAUUGGAAGGACUAUUUUGAUGUGGUUAUAGUGCAAGCUAGAAAACCAAAAUUCUUCACAGAUAUAUCCAGGCCUAUCAGAGUUUUCGAUGAACAAAGUGGAAUGCACAUAUGGGAUAAAGUAAAUAAAUUGGAGAAAGGUGUCAUAUAUUAUGAGGGAACUGUUAAACAGCUUCAAGAACUCACAGGUUGGAGAGGUCAUCAAGUUCUUUAUUUCGGUGAUCAUCCUUAUAGUGAUUUGGCAGACGUUACUCUUGAACAUGGAUGGAGGACUGGAGCAAUCAUAAACGAACUAACGCAUGAAAUAGCUACACUGAAUAAUCCACAAUUCAAGAAAGAUGCGAAUUGGCUUCAAAUGUUAACUCAACUCAUUGAAGAUCAUCAAGAUUACGAAGGGCCAGAAGCAGAAGUAAUUUUAUCGAAAUGGAUGCAGGAAAGAGACAAACUAAGGAAUAAUAUCAAGUGUGUAUUCAACGAACAAUUUGGCAGUGUAUUUCGAACCUACCACAAUCCAACAUAUUUUUCAAGAAGACUAUUUAGAUUUGCAGAUAUAUAUACAUCGAAUAUAAGCAAUUUAAUGAAUUACUCAGUAAAUCACACCUUUUACCCAAGGAGAGGUGUGAUGCCACAUGAAUACAUUUCCUACUUUGUUUAGUAGUCCAUUAUUUAAUUUUUAAUUAUUUCACUUAUAUUAAGUAUUUUUUUUAUCUUAAAAUGAUCAUUUCAACAGUGCAAUGAUUGAGUUAUCUGAACCACUAUCCCUUGAACACAAUCACGAUAAAAUUAAAAAACUCAGGGAUUCAAAAAUGGACUGAAAUAUUCCAUGAAGUCUUUUUAUUUAGCCAGUUUUGUUCUUGAACGGUGUUGAUUUCUUAUUAUUCGUUUCAUGAAUAAUAAUUAUUAUUGAGUUUAUUUUAAAGCUUAAAUGGAAUUAUUGUUAAAACUUCUAUUGUAUGAAGGUCAGGAAUUGUUUUCUUUUAAAAAUCCAUACCUCCAUAAUAUCAGAAAAUAUUUUCAGAUUCUACUUUAUCCAUUUAUAUGGGUGAAUAACAUUUGAAUAGAAAUAUUUUGGCUGUGUAUUUUAUUGAGUGUCCAAAGAAAAUGUGACAAUAAUAUAUAGUUGGUACUUAAAAGUGAAAAAUGUAGACGAUAUCUUUACAUACCUAGAAGUUAAAAUUAAUAAAUUGCAAGCUAAAGAAAACAAAUGAGGUUCAAGCUGUGACAAUUUUUGUAGGGGACAAUAUGAAAUUCUAUAUAAUUAUAAAAGCUUUAGUUGGUCCUGCAUAAUGAAAUGUAGAUGAAGAUUAAUUAUUUCUCAAUAUUACUAAUUAUGUGAUAAAUAGCUAGUUUCAAAUGUUACUUAUAUUAUAUUUUGCUGAAAUAAUUGCCCUUAAGAUUUUAAUUAUAUCAAUUAUUUGGAUUAACACAAGAAUUUAUAGGCAGUAAAAUGAUUUGAAUUUAUCAAGAGUCUUUUGGAGUCACAUUGUAGUCUAAUGAAUCGUUUAGAGUCUUAAUUUAGUGAUAUGUACCACAUUUUAUUAUUAUUGAACAGAAGUAUUCAAGUAAUGGAAAACAUUUAAAAAAACUGAUAUACAAUAAUGUAGUUGAAUAUGAUUCUUUAAAUUUAUGUAAAAUAUUGUAUCAAUAAACAUAUCUUGAAGAAUGAUAAUAACUCUACUUAAUGUGAAUUCAUUGGGUAAUCAAUUUUAUUCAAAUUAUACAUUGAAGAUGUUU